AGCCCUAGUAAACCCUCUGGUGAAAGCUGCCUUUCCUUUCACCCUAAACGUGAACUGGGAAAUUGGAAUUUUGACAACUGCCAGAAGAAGAGGAACUACAUGUGCAAGAAAAGAGCUCGAGGACAGAAACCGGAACCUCCACGCCAUGACGGUUUUCGGAAGAUCCUUGUGUGCAACCAGCAGAAGCACGUCGACCUCUUUUGUCAGAGUGGGGGUCAAAGCGUCAUCCGCAUCCAGGCGGCCUUCUAUGGACGGAGGAGCGGCAGCCUCUGUCCAACUCAGAACGCAACCAAGGAGACUUGCGUGGUGCGAGGAGCCCUCUCUCACUACAGGCAGAAAUGUGACAACCGUCAAUAUUGUCUUGCUGGCCCUUUUGAGGGCGUUCGGGAGACCUGCCCUGCAGUCUCCAAGUACCUGCACUUGGUCUACAGCUGUGAACGGAAAGUGUGUCUUGACAAUUUGGUCGAGGCGGACUCAGCGUUUGAAGCCUCCUCCUCGAUGAGCGACGCCAGCCCAGAGAAAGCUCAGUUGAGCAAGAAUUCCUGCUGGAGACCGUCACAAGAUCCCUCCACCAGCUGGAUCCAGGUGAACCUCGGUCACGUGAGAAAGGUGACUGGGAUCGUCACCCACGGCUGUCCUCACACUGACCAAAGGUUCUGGGUCAUCGACUUUGAGAUAAAGACGAGUGUUGAUGGCAAAAGCUGGACUGAUCACCCGGACGAAAAGUUUACCGGAGGGGAUGAGCACCGGUUUGGUUCGGCGUUAUCCGCUCAGUACGUCCGCAUCCUGCCGCUGGAGGACAGCGUUGACUUCGGCCUCAGCUUUGACCUCUUGGGAUGCGCACGUGACGAUGCGAUGACCUGUAACAGAACGUUCAACAGCCUCUACUUGACCAAGGCACUUGUCCCGGUGUUUCCACGACGGUGGGCGCCUGUCGUCAAUUUGCUUGUCCUUGCCUUCUGCAGCUUCCACUGCCCACCCAAGUGCGCCAACUCCAAACACAAUGUCACCGGAACCUUGGUCUACAAUAAGGACUCAAGCGUCUGCAAGGCCGCUAUUCACGCCGGCGUCAUUCGUAAUGACAUCGGAGGAGACUGUAUUGUGAUGAAAGAAGUGGCAAAGAAGGACUUUGCUGGCUCCACCCAGAACGGGAUCACCUCCCUCAAGAAUGCUGACUCAACGGAUCAGGCCUUCACAUUUGCAGACGGAGAGCCGAGAUGCUUGGGAGAGUCCUGGGAGGGGUUUGCGGGCUUCUGCUACAAAGCUUUUGAGGACAAGAAGGAGUGGGCCGCUGCUCAAGCUGACUGCAAGAAAUUGGGUGCCAAUCUGGUGUCCAUCCUUUCCGAGGUGGAGCAGACGUGGGUGAAAACUGCUUCCGCCCUCGACACCAGCGACAUGUGGACCGGACUGAAUGACCAGAGUGUCCUCGGCAUGUUUGAGUGGUCGGACCGCCACGAGGUGACCUUCACCGACUGGGCCCCAGAAGAACGCCUGAAAAAGGACUGUGUGGCGAUGUCGCAAAAGGCUGGAAAAUGGAAGCAGAUGAGCUGCAAGAUACCCAACAGCUUCAUGUGCAAGAUGCCCAAAGCGCAUUAUGCAAUCACCUCAGAGAAGGCAGAGGAGAGCCAUUCUGGUGACAGCAUACUCUUGCACAGAAACAAGCUCGCCAAGUCAGUGAAUGCACUUGGAUCAAUGAUCAAGCUGAAGGGAGGUCUCCGUGUGAACAACGUCAUCACCAUCACAGGACGAGCCAAUAAACUGGCAGAUUGGUUUAAAAUCAACCUGUUUGUGCCUGACGACGAAACCGACAACGUGGUCGCGCUGCUCCUCAAGUUGAACUUUGUAACCAAGAAGAUUUGGUUGUCCUCCAGAGUGAACACAACUUGGAACGAAAGAGAGGAUCAUCCCACACAAAGCUCUGGACCCGGACAAGAAGUCAAGGUUGUCAUCAAGUGCGCCGACGAUCACUUCCAGAUCACAAUCAACGGCGUCGACAAGGUGACUUACAAAUACCGGGAGGCCAAUCUACAAAGCAUCACGCAGAUGAACGUGUGGGGUCUCGUGUCCAUCAAGGAGAUCAAGAAAAGCUCCGCUUAGACCAGCCUGCGCUAAAAUGUGAGGACUGGCACAGUGUUUUCCACGAGCCUUAGAUGGUUUGUGGAAUAAUUGUACAAAAGUAACUACUUUAUAGUUUAAUAUUUAAGUCUAAUUGGCUAUGAGAAAAAGCCAAACUUGCAUGCUUUUUUUUUUCUCUUUUUGAUUGCCUUUGUGCAUCCUGGCUUUGUGUUUAUUGCAUUGAAAUGCGCAGUAUUUGUACUUUAGAUAGUUUUCCUGGCCCGAUCAAGAGAUCAUUUUGACUGAUUGGAUGAUGAGUAAUGAUAAGAGAAUGUAGUGUCUUGAGAAGCUGCGUGUGAAGCCAAAGAAGCUGGAUGAAAACUUGGGAAUGGGGGAAUGCUAGCGAAUGAUGUGAAAAGGCGAGAGAUAAUGAUAAGCGAGAAAAACGGUAAGCAAGAAAAAAAUGGUAAGCGAGAGCGGUCAACGAGAAAAAAGUACGAUAUGCGAGAAAAAAACAGCGAGACAAACAGUAAGGGAGAAAAACAUAAGCGAGCGUUAAGCGAGAAAAAAACGGUAAGCGAGAAAAACAGGAAGCGAGAACAACUAAGCAGCGUUAAGCGGGAAAAACAAGAAAAAUAGUUCGAUGAGCAAGAAAAAUGGGACGUGAGAAAAGCGGCACGUAAGGAAAAAAGCGAGGGAAAGUGGUAGGCGAGAAAAAAGAACGAUAAGCGAGAAUAAAAUUGUAAGAAAAAGGUACGCAAGAAAAACGAAGCGAGAAAAAACAGCAAGUGAGAAAAAAACAAUAGGCAAGAAAACCAGUAAGCGAGAAAAGACAUAAGGCAAGAAAAAUAGUGAGAAAAAUGGUAAGCGAGAAAAAACGGUAGGUGAGAGAAACGAUAAGCAAGCGGUAAGUGUGAAAAAAAAAGAUAAGCGAGGAAAAAUGGUAAGCGUAAAAUAACUGUGAGAAAAAAACAAGCGAAAAAAAACGCAGGUGACAAAAACGUAAGCGCGGACUAAGUGAAAAAAAAACGGGAAGCAGGAAAAUACUAAGCGAAAAUGUAAGUGAGAAAAUUGGUAAGUGAGCGGUAAGCGAGGGGAAAAUGUAGGCGAGAAAAAACGGUAAGCUAGAAAAUAAAGACGUGGGAGAGAAAAAUGGUAACCGCGCACUAAGUGAGAAAAAACGGGAAGGAGGAAAAUACUAAGCGAAAUUGUAAGUAAGAAAAACGGUAAGCGAGGGGAAAAUGGUAGGUGAGAAAAAACGCUAAGCUAGGGAAAAAACUAAGCAAAGUGGUAAGUGAGGAAAAAAAUAAGUGAGAAAAAGCGGGCCAUAAGAAAUGAUGGGCGAGAAGAACGGUAAGCGAGAAAAAGGUAAGCGAGAAAAAACACUCAGCGAAAAUUUGAAAAAACGGUACACGAGACAAACGUAAGCGAGCUUGAACAUUUUUGCUAAGUGGGAAGUUUUGGAAUAGGUAGGAAUACGAUGAGCAGUUGAAUUCUUUCCUAAAAAGGGAAGAAUUGAUUUGUGCAAAAUUUAGCACGCAUUUUAAACGUGACAUUUGAAAGUCCAUGAGCGUGCAGACUGACGUGAAUGUCAAACUGGAACAAUGUCAAUGUGAAAUGUCGAAUGUGCCGUUCGGAAUGAGUGGGGAAAAUUUGGCUGGAAAUUUGUGAAUUUUGCAAAAACAUUUUUGGAAUGAAAAAAAUGGAAGCACCCAUGACAUGAAUAUUUGAAAUAUGUCGAAAUUGGAAUGGGGUGGAUCGGAUUGUCUGGUAGUACGUCAAAAAAUGAGAGGAAUAAAACAAAAGCGGAAUAAUACAGUUAAUGGUGUAUGUGUGAAGGCAGAUUUGUUACUGGCAGUGAUGCUUGGAGAACUACAGUGCCUUGCGAAAGUAUUCGGCG